GGUAGAGGCUGCGGGCAAGUGCGUGGCCCGGGGCUCGAACCGCCGCAAGGCCGCGGGCGUGGGGGCGAGAAUUCGCAGCGCGAGCGGCCCGGCGCCAGCCUCGCGCGAGAGCCGCCCGACUCCAAGAUGGCGCCCGGCGCCGCCGCCAGCAGCCAAGAUGGCGCCGUCGCGCCCGCGCGCUCGGCUCUCCGCCCCCUGCCUCCGUCCGACUAGGAGCGCGGCUUGCGUCUCCGUGCGCCGGUUGCCCUUCGGCCUGGGUGCUGGGCCCGGGAGACGGCGGCCCCUGAGCGUCAUGCGGCUCCUCGGCUGGUGGCAGGUCCUGCUGUGUGUGCUGGGGCCUCUCGCCCGCGGCCUGGACGAGGAAAGUGGUCACCUGUGGUCAGAGGAGCAGCCUGCUCACCCACUGCCAUUGGGAGCUGUGUACGGGAGUGAGGAGGAGGCCUCCCACCGCCCCGUGGGCCAGGACCUGUCGGCCGAAGAGGCUGACGCAGUGCUGGCGCUGGACACGGAGGGGGACCCCAUGGUGAUGCUGUCUGUCAUUCCGGGGGAGGCUGAGGACAGACUGAGCUCGGAGGCCAAUGGCGGCACCUGCGGGGCUGACGGGGAGGAGGACUCGUGGUGCAGCCUCCCAGAGAGCUUCUACUCACUGGACAGCGUGGGGAGUAGCUUCCCCGAGAGGGAGGAGGAGUACUACCCCGAACCCGAGGUGGCAGAGUCGGACCCCGCCCCAGCAGAGGACUUGAAUAACACCGAGAGUCUGAAGUCCCCAAAGGUGACCUGUGAAGAGAGAAAUGUGACAGGACUGGAAAAUUUCACUCUGAAAAUUUUAAAUAUGUCCCAGGACCUUAUGGAUUUUCUAAACCCCAAUGGUAGUGACUGUACUCUAGUCCUGUUUUAUACCCCAUGGUGCCGAUUUUCUGCCAGUUUAGCCCCUCAUUUUAAUUCUCUGCCCCGGGCAUUUCCAGCUCUUCAUUUUUUGGCAUUGGAUGCAUCUCAGCACAGCAGCCUUUCUACUAGGUUUGGCACCGUAGCUGUUCCUAACAUCUUGUUAUUUCAAGGAGCUAAACCAAUGGCGAGAUUUAAUCACACAGACCGAACACUGGAAACACUGAAAAUCUUCAUUUUUAACCAGACAGGUAUAGAAGCCAAGAAAAAUGUGGUGGUCACACAAGCCGACCAGAUAGGCCCUCUUCCCAGUACCUUGAUAAAAAGUGUGGACUGGUUGCUCGUGUUUUCUCUAUUCUUUCUAAUUAGUUUCAUUAUGUAUGCUACCAUUCGAACUGAGAAUAUUCGGUGGCUAAUUCCAGGACAAGAGCAGGAACAUGUGGAGUAGUCAUGGACCGAAGGGAGCUGGACCGAGGAACGUCAGUCCUUCGCGCAGAAUGAGUGCCGCAGCUCCACACGCCUUCUCCAGCAAGGGAACCCCGUCCUUCCGUCGGGUCAUGCAUUUGUUAAGCUGUUGAACGUGUGAAAACAUUACAAACUGGUGUUUUAACUGGUAUCGCAAUAAGAAAAUGCAGAAAUAUUCAUUAUAAUUUACUGUUCUUAUUUUCACUACCUGAACAUAAUCUAUUUUAGGGAAUAAUAGUCCAAUUCAAAAUGUGAAGAUGUUUUCUGGUGGCAUAUCUAUUAGAAUCUAUUAGAAUGAUAAUAGAAUGGAGGCAGAGACAGGCCUUUCAGAUUAUAGUUCUAGAAAAUUCUUCAUUCCUUAUCUCUAAGAAGAUUAACUUUCUGUUCAUUUGCAGUUUGUCCUUAGGAGGAAAUUGUUUUGUUACGGGAGAAUAACUAAAGUUCAUAGUAUGACUUUACAAGCAGCAACUAAUGGAAUGUAAAAGUCAAACACCAUGAUGUUAGGAUCUCUGAUUUUCUGGAAAGCAUUUAAAAUGGUGGACUAGAGAGAGUACUGGGGGGCAGGUGCUGGCCUUGCAUGUGGCCGACCCUGGUACAAUCCCUGGCACCACAAAAGAUCCUCCAUGCAUUGCCAAGAGUAAGCCCUAAGCAUGGCUGAUUGUGCCCCGAAGACAAAAAAAAAAAAAAAAAAAAAAGAUUUGAUGUAGUUAAGUAAUUUCUGGGUAAAGCAGAUGUUAGGAGAAAGUAAAUAUAAUUAAGUUUACAUAUUUAUAUGUAGUAUGUAAGAACAUAUAUAUAUAUUUUAUAUGUAGCAUAUAUAAUAGUUUAAAGUUAUUUAUUCUCAAAUCUUUUAUUUAUAUAUUAUUUGGGGAGGAAUGGUUUGGGCCACACUGCUUAGAGGCUACACCUGGCUCUGUCCUCAGAGGUCAUUUCUAGUUGUUGUUUUUUUUUGUCAUCAACUUUGGUUGUGCUGGGGAUGACAUAGGUGCCGGGAUUUGACUGUGGUCCGCAAGACAAGUACGGUAACCCCUCUACUAUGUCUUUCCCCCAUCAGGUGUCUUCUAAAGUGUCAUUUAAAUUUUAGUCAUAGCUACCUAUCCAGGUCAAUUAAGCAAAUAUUACAAAUUUCCUGCGGCCACCAGGUUUGUUGUUGAUCUUAGUCUUAAUUUAGGGCAUCUGCAGAAAAGGGAAAACAUGCAGUCAUACAAACUUCAGUUGUUCGGUGUGGGGAAAGGACCACACCUGGCAGUGCUUUGACUUGUCCCUGCUUCGUGUGGGGUUUGUUACGAAGCACGAGCUCCUGUCUUUUGAGCCUUCUCCCUGGCGCUGAAAAGUGGUUUUAAAAGCAUUCUUUAAGGUGCUGGAGAGAUAGUAGAGUGGGUAAGGUGUUCGCCUUGCACACCAGCCAACUAGGGUUCAAUCCCCAGGAUUCCAGGAGUAUUUUUCUGAGUGCAGAGCUAGGAGUAACCCCUGAGCAUUGCUGGGUGUGACCCAAAAAAAAUUGAAUUUAAAAUAUUAAAAACAUCCUUUAAAUUCAGAUAUGACAGUUGACUACAUGAUCUAUUACUUUUUGCUUUUUUGUUUUGUUUUGGGGCCACACUGGCAUUGCUCAGGGCUUACUCCUGGCUCUGUGCUCAGGGAUAACAUUUUUUGGUUUGGUUUGGUUUUGAGGGCCACAUCUGGCAGUGUGCAGGAAUCACACCUGGUGGGCUCAGAGGACCCUGUGGGGGCCCCAGGAUUAAACCUGGUCAGUUGUGUGCAAACCAAGCAUCCUACCUGCUAUACUAUCUCUCUGGCUCUCAGGGAUCAUUUCUAAAGGGGCUUGGGGACCAUAUAUGGUGCAAGGUUUCAAACCCUAGUCAACUACAUGCAAGAGGCAAGUGCCUUAUCCACUGUAUUAUCUCUCAGGCCCAGAUAAUUUACUUUUACAUUAUUUCUGGUCUUUCAGAUAGAGCCAGCCUCUUCCUAAAGCACUCUGAAUUCUAUUAAGAUAGAAUCUUAGAUGUUUCCUCACUUGUGUAAUUAACUAUAGGUUUAGCAUUAGUCUCGUAACCUGUCUUCUUUAGUUGUAUUUUGGUAUGAUAUCAUUUCCAUGGGGGUCAAAUUCCAGAGUGGAGAUACUCUGGCAUGGGAGUUGCAUGUAAACAUAUUGGGCAGGGGUGGGGGGUUGAGGGUGGGGGUGCAUGUAUGAAGCAUUAGCUGAACCAGACAGAGAGCACUGGUUGCCAGUGCUCACGGGACUUUACCUCUGUGAAGAAUAGCAAAGAUCAUCAACAGUUCCAGCCACCAGAGACAGAAAUUCAAACAUUUUACUCUUACCUUAGCAAGCAUUGGGUGGAUGAAUGUGUUUCUUCAUGUAAAGCAUCAGUAGAGAAAGGUCAGCUCCAGAGGUGGCUUGAUCCCACAACUGGAGGGUAGCCUUGGCAGCCAGUAACUUACGAGCCCACCUUCUCAAACCUCAGCUCAGAAACCCCCAGCUCCUUCCCCAAAGUCAUAUGUUGAAAGCUGCAAAUGUACCACCGGGCCAUAGGUAGAAACAGUGAACAACAGAGGAGCACACAUUCUGAGCCUGAAAGGGGGAAGGAUGCUCCUGAAAAGGUGAUAACCUUGGCACAGACUGUGCGGGCUCUGCUGGCAAGGAAGCGUUCCACACCCAAGAUCCCUUCUGUAGCCCUGCAGAGGCUGACAGAGCAGACUGCCUUUCCAGGUGUGUCCACUAUAGAGACGCCCGGUAACUCUCCACCGAGGGACUGAAGUCCUAUUAAUGGGAGAGAGGACAAGUGAGGUCAGAGCUGUGUCGGCCCCUUUUGGUGGACACCACUUACCGAGGGUCCCAACAGCAUCUUGUGCCGCUGCUGUGUUCUGGCUGGAAGAGACGGUGGUAGUUAGGGGAAAGAAAUGAAGGGUCUCUAAAUUGUUAACAUUUACUAGUUCAUUUAUCACUCAAAUAGCCAGGAUUGUGGGAUAUUUUUCACAAUCUAGUCACUGUAAAUACUGAAACUAUAAUUGUUAAUUGCACCCCUAGUCUCCAUUCAUCAGAGGCAUCAGACAAAAGAAACUAGUGUCUUAGAUAAAGCCUGCAACCAGUAACAUUAAAUCAGGGUUUCCAGCUAGAUUCCUGCCCGGGAUUUUCUCUUAAAAGGGUUAAAUCUUUGUAAGUGGGCAAGUGAAAAAGAGGGGUUGGGCCAUGGGACCAAAUUUUAGGCUAGUUUGAAGAAAAGGGUUAUGUGGGAAAUAAGUCUUGGCCUCUUCUGGUAGACAACUGCUAGUUUGAAUUUAUUUAAUGAUUUGUUUUGGGGUCUCCUAACCAGUUCUCAGAAAUCCUAGGAGUCACUCCCGAUUAUAUGAUAUGGUCUUAGGAUGUGCAGACCAGACAGUUGAAUAUUAGGGGACUAGGGGUGAGAACAGAGGGUGACCUAGAUUUUUUUCUCGUAUAUUAUGUCCUCUGCAGAAUUUCCUAUGUUCAUUUGCUAAAGUAGGCAGUUUUUUUAAAAGGAUAUAAAUCGAUAUAUUAAAAAGACUGAAGAGAACACUCUGUUAAGCUUUUUUUUUUCUUUCCUGUGCUGAGGGAUCUAACCUAGAGACUCAUAUCCUAGACAUGCUUCAAAUCCACAGGCUAGAACUGAGCAUUUUACUUCUUUGUAAAUGCUCAGUUUACAAAGCAUUUUGUAAAGUUUGAGGGAACUACACCCAGGGGUGUUCAAAGGCUACUCCUGACUGCUCAGAUCACUCCAGGUUGUGUUCAAGGAGGGACCAGGGUCAGUCACAUGGGAGGACAGCUCUUUAACCCCUUCUCUCUGCCCCUGCAUAUUUUAACUUAAAAAUAUUAAAUGUGAUAGAGCUGAAUAUCCAAACCUGAGUCAACAACACUGAAAUUGUAAGGUCAAAAUUUUAAUAACCAGAUUUAAAAGGGGCUAGGAUGGGGGGGUUAGGAGAGGGAUCUGGAUACACUGAUGGUGGGAUUGGUGAUAGAACAUUGUAUGUCAGCAACCUAUGAGUAACUUUGUAAUUCAUGGUGCUUUAAUAAAAUUUUGGAAAAAAAU